CAUUUCUCUACUGAUACAGAUUGAAGAAACACGAUGUGGAGACUGCUUAAAAAUACUGGUACCCGGUACCUUCAUACAACUUCUACCUGCUUGAAAACUGCCCAAUAUAGGCAUGAAUUAAGCGACCUUAGGAAGAUUGUAGUAAAACUUGGUUCGGCAGUUAUAACUAGGGAGGAUGAAUGUGGUCUUGCUCUGGGUAGACUAGGGUCAAUUGUUGAACAGGUAGCUCAAUUACAACAUAAAGGCCAUCAAAUGAUGAUUGUAACGAGUGGUGCUGUUGCAUUUGGUAAACAAAAAUUAAGAAAAGAAAUUGCUAUGAGCAUGACAAUGAGGCAAACUAUUGCUACGAUUGAUACGAAUCAGGGCCUAGAACCAAGAGCUUGUGCGGCAGCAGGUCAAAGUGGUUUGAUGUCCUUAUACGAGGCUAUGUUCUCGCAAUAUGGUCUUCGAACAGCACAAAUUUUAGUCACAAAACCAGAUAUCUAUAAUGAUUCUAGUAGGCAACAUUUAAGAUCGACUAUUAAUGAGUUGUUACGUUUGAAUAUAGUACCAAUAAUUAAUGCUAAUGAUGCUGUGGCAUCGCCCGCUGAAGCUGAUAUGGAUCUUCAAGGCAUCAUAUCAGUUAAAGAUAACGAUUCACUUUCCGCUCGUCUUGCAGUAGAACUAUCAGCAGAGCUUCUAAUCUUGUUGUCUGAUGUCAAUGGCUUAUAUAGCUCUCCACCUGGAACCGAUGGCUCUAGAUUGUUAUCGACGUACAAUCCAAGUUCUGAUCUUGCAAAUGUUGUCUACGGAGGAAAGAGUAGAGUUGGACUAGGAGGUAUGGAAAGUAAAGUAUCAUCAGCUUCAUGGGCUUUACAGCACGGAACAAAUGUUGUCAUCGCUAAUGGCUUUCAGAGCGAUGCUAUUACCAAUGUUGUUGAAGGAAAAAAGAUUGGAACAUUUUUCACGCCUCUCCAGCAAACCACAACACCUAUCGAAAUUCAAGCUGCUAAAGCAAGGGACGGAGGAAGAGAACUCCAGCAGCUUUCACCUACACAGCGUUCAGAGAUCAUUAAUCACUUAGCUAAUUCACUAUUGGACAACCAGAAUGAAAUUCUUGUCGCCAAUAAACAUGACUUAGAGGAAGCUAGAAGAAUUGGACUGUCUGGACCGCUUAUCUCAAGAUUGGUCUUAAGUCCAAAUAAACUUGCUAAUCUAUCAGGAGGUCUUCGACAAAUUGCUGCCACUUCUAAUAAUAUAGUUGGAAGAGUAUUAAAGAGAACUGAGCUCUCACAAGGAAUGACCCUUGAACAAGUUUCCGUUCCCAUUGGUGUAUUGUUGAUUAUUUACGAGUCACGACCAGAUUGCCUCCCUCAGAUUGCGGCUCUCUCUAUUGCAUCUGGUAACGGUUUACUCCUGAAGGGUGGCAAGGAAGCUUAUCAUAGCAAUCAGAUACUUCAUUCCCUCGUUCAAGAUGCUAUUGGUCUGCAUGCUUCCAAAGAUUCUGUUGCUUUGAUAUCGAGAAGAGAAGAUAUUGCUGAUUUACUACAAUUAAAUAAUUAUAUUGAUCUUGUUAUCCCAAGAGGAUCCUCUAGUUUAGUUCGCACUAUAGAGGAGCAAAGUUUAUCUAUUCCUGUUUUGGGACAUUCCGAAGGUAUUUGCCAUGCGUACGUAGACAAAACUGCUGAUUUUGAAAAAGCUUUGGCAAUUGUAAAAGAUUCCAAAAUUGACUACCCAGCUGCAUGCAAUGCUUUGGAAACAGUUUUGUUGCAUAAAUCUUUAUUGGGCACACCGUUUUUCGAUGAAAUGUUGGACACUCUUAAGAGUGCCAAUGUCAGAAUUCACGCUGGACCCAGACUUUUAAGCAAAAUGAAAUUUGGACCACCGCCAGCUAAAUCCAUGAGCAUAGAAUAUGGCUGCCUUGAAUGCACUAUAGAAGUUGUAGAAGAUGUUGACGAUGCCAUAGCGCAUAUUCAUAAACACGGUUCAUCACACACUGAUACCAUUAUCACAGAAGACAACGAAGUAGCUGGUCAUUUCCUGAAGAGCUUAGAUUCUGCAUGCGUUUUCCAUAACGCCAGUACUAGAUUCUCUGACGGCUAUCGUUUCGGAUUAGGAGCAGAAGUUGGUAUUAGCACGUCGAGAAUCCACGCAAGAGGACCAGUUGGUGUUGAAGGUCUUUUGACAACGAAAUGGUUGCUAAAAUCCCAAGGUGAUAUCGUUGCCGAAUACGGAGAAAAUGGUUCAAAAGUAUUUACGCACAAGAAGUUGCCAGUUAGCGAAAACGAAACAAGCGAAUUCUUUCAAUCAACUAAUGGUGAAAAAUUGGAAUCGUAA